AUGUCCUUCGACCCUUUGGCCAUCUACGCCAAUAACUUUGUCAGUGAUGCAGAGAUCAACCAUCUGCUGGAAGUCACCAAGAACAAAUGGAACCACUCCCUCGUCUGCGGGAAACGCUUCCGCAUGCACCAGGACUGGCUUGUUGCACCCAAGACACUCUUCAACUCCGAUAACCCUGUGGGACCCUAUAACCGCCUGUUCAGCAGCUUUGUGUACCUCGAGGAUAACUGCUAUCAUUUUAUCGCUCCCCCAUACAUCCGACUACUGUUCAACGGAGGACACUAUGCAACGGUCACCCUGUUCGUCAUCUCGGGCUACGUCGUAUCUCGCCGGCCAUUGGAACUGAUAGAAACCGGGCGAAUAGAAUACCUCUCCGAGUACCUGUCUUCUGCCAUCUUCAGACGAUGGAUGAGAUUGCACCUUCCCCUCAUCUCCACCGCAUUUCUCUACAUGACAUCUUGGCAUGUUUUCAGCCUCCGCAUCCGCUGGAUUCGGCCGGAACAGAGCUAUGCAGAUGAGUUUAGGAAGUGGUUGCGCGAAGUGAUGGAUUAUGGCUUUCCAUUCAGCAGGGCUGGGAGCUUAUGGCUCAGCUAUAACGACCAUCUCCGGUCGAUUCUGGGAUCAGUUGAAGGGCUCGCCCGUUAA